AUGAGAGUAAAUGCAAUAAAUGACCGUCAAUCCCACUGUCCAAAUUACUCAUUUGAGUUUAAUUGUAAAGAUGAUCUAUUGGACUCUAUGUUUUGGGCUGAUGAAACGGAGAAGGCAUAUUAUGCUGAAUUUGGUGUUGUUAUCUCGUUUGAUGCGACUUUCCGAACAAACAAGUGUCGAAUGGUUUUUGCUCCAUUUACUGCUAUUGACCAUCAUAAAAAAUUAGUUACUGUUGGAGCGGGGUUUCUAAGCAAUGGAAUCAUUGAGUCCUACUCUUGGUUGCUUAAAGUGUUUCUUAAAACUCAUGGGAAAGAACCAACAUUUGUUUUAACCGAUCAAGAUGGUGCAAUAAAACAUGCUAAUGAGAAUAUACCAGAUGAUUUAUUUACGAACGCAGACUUUAGAAAAAGAUUCCCACAGCUUGUUUGGGACAUUAAUAUGCAACCUGAUGUCUUUGAGAUGAAGUGGGGUUUGCUUAUGAAGGAAUUCAACCGUGAACGCACAAGAUGGUUUAAAGACAUGUUUACAAAACAUGAUUCAUGGAUACCUCAAUAUUUUAACGAUAUUCCAAUGUGUGGGUUGAUGAAGACUACGUCGAUGUUAGAGAGUAUGAGUUCAUUCUUUAAUACCUACUCAGAAAGUGAUUGGAAUGUUGAAAUAAAAGCUGAAGAGAAAGAAAUAAAUUGUAGUUGUGAACGUUUCAAGUGUAUGGGUGUUUUAUGCAAAUAUGCUUUUACAAUAAUUAUGAGAUGUGGUGUUAAAGAAAUUCCUAAAAGGUACAUUCUGAAAAGAUUGAGAAAGGAUGUGAUAUCAAGAAAUUAUUGUUUUAAUUCUCAUCAAUCCGAUUCAGGGGAUCAUGAGAAUGUGAAGCUAGUCAAUGAUUCAUAUUAUAGUUUUGAAUCAUCUUUGGAUAUUGUAAGAAAUGAAAAAAAGAAAUUGUCUUUGUUUGCUGAGAAACAACAAAUGUUGUUGAAGAAAUUUGAGAGUGAUUAUACAUCUGGUGGAUUGUAA